UGGGGAGUGCAUAUAAUCAACACAUUAUCGAAGGUGCUUAGAUAUUGAUCCUGUAUUUCGAGGUAGUUCAGAUUCACCUCUCUUGGACCUUCGGGUUUGACCUUAAUUUUUUCCGCUCUCGGUGGAGAAUAAUUCACGCGUAAAAUGCCGAAGAGAAAGUCUCCAGAGGGUCCUGAGGGCAAGGAGGCCUCCAAAGUCACAAAACAAGAGCCCACCAGAAGGUCAGAGAGAUUGUCGGCGAAACCUGCUCCACCCAAGCCUGAGGUCAAGCCCAAGAAGGCUAUCGUGAAGAAAGUGGCAGAUGAUAAGGGGGCGAAGGCAAAGAAAGGCGGCGCUAAGGGAAAGAAGGAAGACGGCCCCGCCCAGAACGGAGAGACCAAGACCAAUGAGGUAACUGAAGCAGCGGAGGAGGCGACUGAGGAGAAGGCGUAAAGACACGGACGUGUCCAAGGACUCGUCCCCUCUGACUCCAUGGCAGCAAAGCAUCUUUUUUUACUGACAAUUUUUGUACCAUGCUGAAUUUUUUUUAGACUUGUGAUAGUAGAGAUGGACAACCAGCAGCCCCAUCCCCAUAUGUUCACACUCCUUUCAGCUCCUCCACCUACAGUAUGUUUUUGCUCAAUUCUCCUCCCUCCUCCAUUCUGUAUCGCUAUAUACAGUAUGCCUCUCAGAAGCAGAAAGACAGAAUGAAGUGGUUUUAUCAGACGGCUGCAGAUGUUCUUCAUUUUGCCUGAAGGGGGGUCGUAAACACGACUGUUAUGAUCUUUAAACCAGCUCUGCCUAUAUUUGUAGUUAUUCUUCUCAACAAAAGAUCAUUAUUAUCAGGCACUCUGACUAAUUAAGAGAUGCUUCAGUUCCCCUCCCCCCUGACAGCAAAGUUGAGGAUUUGUGGAUAUGUGUCAGCGGUGUGGAUGCAGAGCUACGAGUAACCAUGUCCAUAGUCGCCAUGGAGAACAUCUGCAGCUUUUUUAAAAUCCUACUUUUUAGAAUUACCACCACGGUGUUUCAGAUAGCUCCUUUUGUAUGUGUGUGCUGGAGUGAAUGUGUUUGUGGGUCUUUGUGUUUGACUUUGUGCCCCCCCACCCCCCCCCCACACCCCUCCUCCUCCCCCCUCCAAAACGCCUUGUCCUGCAGCAGAGUGACAUAGCAAUAAUGAGUGGUGCUUCUGUUCUAGACGGCUCUAUUGGCUUUGGACCCUCUGGGCUUCUCUGAGUUUCAUCCUGUUGGGAAAAUAUUUUGAAAUAAAAGAAAAAGUUGAUGUC